GCUGUAUGCUGUAGCAUUGUAUUGUUAGUAAAAACGAGCUGUACGUUUAUACUGCCAGCUGAAGUAGACAUUUUCUGAGCAAGAGACAAUUAUCCAAAAUGGCAACGCCAGUUUCAGGAUUGUGUUCUUUAAAGAAUAAAGUCGCCCUGGUUACAGGAGCUAGCUCGGGAAUAGGAGCAGACGUUGCUCGCCUUUUUGCUUCAUACGGAUGUCGACUCGCUCUAACAGGACGCAACAUGGAAGCACUGCAACAAGUCACAGAUAAAUGUGUUGAGAGAGGGCUCGACAAAGAUGAGAUUCUAAUGAUUCAAGCUGAUUUCGAGGUGGAGUCUGAUGUCAGAAAAACUGCAGAACAAACCAUCCAGAAAUUCAACCAGAUCGAUGUGCUGAUCAAUAAUGCGGGUGUAUAUCUCAAUGAUUCAGUCGAGAACGUGAUCUUGGAAAACUUUGAUCGAGUUUUUGUAGUCAACGUGAGGGCGCCCCUUCUGCUAACCCAUCUCCUCGCACCAUACCUGAUCAAGACCAAGGGAACUGUGGUAAAUGUGUCAAGUAUAGUGGGCAGGGUGUCGAUGCGAGGACUUUUGACCUAUUCUAUGUCUAAAUCUGCGAUGGAUCACAUGACUAGAUGCAUAGCUGAUGGUUUGUGUUUUGAUUAA